UCUUGUCGAGUGGUUGGGUUAGAAGAGCGGCAGGCAGCAGUUAGCUACCAAUUAGCUUAGUUCUCCACUGGCUGUGGUAAAGUGGUUAUCUGUCAGCUAGCUGCCACUAGCAGCUGCCAAAAGUGAGCUGUCCACACAGAGAGAGGCGACACUUCAGCGACUUUGAGACGUUUUCUCUGUCUCCUGCUGGAGUUUAUGUUCUUUUUGGACAGACAAUGGAUUUGUUUACAUCAUGAUGUCGCACAUGCUGGUACCGGAGUAGGGGAAACUAGCUAACGUCAGCUAACUCUGCUAGUCUACACUUAUAGCUGAGAGAGAACACCGGGCCCGCCUCAGACUAAAGUACCGGUGGCAGCUGCUGAACAAGAACUUCAACAAAGGCCUGCUUUCAACUUCGCUGCCGGGACACAGGGGAGGCCGACGAGGUGUCAGAGAGGCCGGGGUAGGAGCAGCAGUCGCCGCGGAAGAUUUGGGGAGUUUCGCAGGGUCUGUCCCCGGUUGUGACACUUUUCUCCGACAAGGGAGAGGAAGAGAAACGUUAUGGAAAUGUCCUGUGACGGUACGUGUCUGUGUCACAUCCCUCAACUGUGAGUUACUUCGCAAGACAUUAGUCCAGCACUUUAUUUAACCGGGAGCUGACAGACCCGAGACAAAUAGUCAACAUGUCGAAAAUGCCGGCGAAGAAGAAAAGUUGUUUUCAGAUCACGAGUGUAACGCAGGCUCAGGUGGCGGCCAGCAGCAUCACGGACGAUACUGAGAGCCUGGACGACGAGUCCCGCACAGAGGACGUGUCGUCGGAAAUAUUUGACGUUUGUCGGGCAGACCUUGGGGUGUGUGAGAGGAGCUCUUCAGAGGAAACCUUAAACAGCGUUACGUUAGGGGAGCCUCCGGACGGCCAGACGCCCACCACGGGUCCUGUCAACGGGGGACUCUGUUAUAAAAGUAUAGGCACUAGUCGUGUCACCCCACAUAAUGUAGCAGGAAGUGUGCCUGUGGCAGCUACAACUCAGCCUUUUGUUCCGAGCCCAGCCACCCAUCCGCCAGUCACCAGUACAGUCCCUGCUGCCAGUGUGGCUCACACAGCUCCUGGGAACACAACCAGCUGCAGUUCCCGUUUCAGGGUCAUUAAACUUGACCAUGGCACUGGUGAGCCCUUCAGACGGGGCAGGUGGACAUGCACUGAGUUCUAUGAGAGAGAUUCAGAUUCAAAUCGGACUGUGGAUAGCAUAAAGCCAGCUGUGACCCUUGAUCACAGUACGGACAGGGACAGUGGGCUAGGGGCCACCUGUAACUCUGUGGUUAUUAGCUGUACUUUUUCUGCACAGGCUUUGGAGAACACCUCUGACAGUGGCUACUCUGUUGCCCAUCCCGCUCACUCCAACCAUUCAGAGCCUCUGCAGCAAGGCUACAGCUUGUCUCCUCAGAUAGGGAACGGAGCAAGUGCCUUUCACCCCACAGGGUAUCCACCUCCAGCAUCCCAACAGGCCCAGACCUUCCUCUCUAACAGCCUCAAUGGUGUGCACCAUGGUGGUCCUAUUAUGCCUCCUGCCAUGCAGGCCCAACAGUUUGCCUAUUCUACUCCUCCUCCUGGCCACUCAUCUGGCCAGCAGGACUAUCGUCAGCAGCACUUUGUCUCAAGCACUCAAAACCUUCCCAUAUCUGCCCUCUCUAUGGGGCCUCUAACCAGCCAGGUAUCAUCGCCUCUAAUCCCCCCUGCUGGUGCUGGGGCCCAAGUGCCAGGCGGAGAGGCAGCCUCAGCCCAGGGGCUUCUGAUGCAAGCAGGCAAUACAGGAAGUGGCCAACAACAGUAUGUCAGCCAGACUCAGCCUUCAGGAGGGUUAGGCAUUGCCCCUGCACCUUCUGUCCUCACCUCCUCCUACAACAGUGUCCAGAACGCACCUUCCACAGUGCCCAAUGCAAACCACAACAACAACCCUCCGGGAGCUCCAAGUCAGGGGCCCAGCACAGGAGGGCUUGUAAAGCCCCAAGGAGUCCACAGAGGAGCAACAACAGGCCUUCCCUCCAUCUUCAGCAACCAUGUAGAAGAUAGCAGGCAGAAGUCUGAUGGACUCCCUCAGCGCAGCGCCAUUGUGAUGCCAGGGAAAGAUGGUGUAAUACCUUUCCUCACCGAUGGCUUCAACCUUCCCAAUCCUGCUGUCAACAGUCUGUUUGGCAUCCACAUAACCAUGGAUGUGGAUGAGGACAGGAACCCGUCCACUGCUUUCUACCAGGCUUUCCGGCCUAACAGAUUACGAGGGUCAAAGCCUGUCAACGAUAGUGCAUCCGGUGCCAGCGUUGUUGCCAUCGAUAACAAGAUUGAACAAGCAAUGGACUUGGUGAAGAGCCACCUGAUGUAUGCUGUUCGCGAGGAGGUGGAGGUGUUGAAGGAGCAGAUCAAGGAGCUGUACGAGAGGAACUCGAUGUUGGAGCGGGAGAACGCCGUGCUGAAGUCGCUGGCCAACACGGAUCAGCUGGGCCAGCUCUCCAGUCAGCUCAACACGUCCGGCAGCACGUCGCCGCCCCUGCAGCAGCAACACCCGCUCGUCAACAAGAACAACAACAACAACCCCUUAGCGCACCACGAUGCAAGUCAGAGCAUCCCUCAGCAGCCCAACAUCACCUCGGCGUGAUCCAAUCUCCCCUAGUUAACACACCUCCCAUGGACAGGAGUGGAAGAUCCUGUUAGAAAUGACAACAACUGCUACCGUCCCCUUAGCUUCAUUAAGGCAAAAGUCUCGUCUCUGUGUUCAAUAUGCUCCAUUUGAGUAAAAAUCAACAACAGCAACAUCUUUUAUUUGCCACCAAGAGCCAUGCUUCAAUGUGUGCACCUUGCCGUCACUGGGCUUCCUGUUAUUAAGACAUUAACCACCCCUUAAAGUCUUAUUCUAUCCCUGCAAAGCUGUAGAAGAAGAAGAAGAAGCAGGGGAGGCGGUGCACACCAUAAAACUGCAUACUGUUCUUGGGCAAGAGGAUGGGGUCAAACGGCACGGGGAGAGAUUUGUUGGGGCAACAAGUGAUAGAAGAGGGCGGGGCAGCGCAGUGAUGAGGCUCCAGCAGGGACUGUCCUUCCAGUAUCCCCAACCAAACAUCACUCAUGCGCUGGAAGAGGCCACAGAGCCGACGGAGAAGCGGGGGAGACGAUUCGUCCUCCCUGAGCGGGGGGGGAAGCCGGCGUGUGCUUCGGCUUCAGUGGGUCGAGUCGAGAGCCUUGGCUUCUUAUAUGCUGCAACAAAAGCUUGUGUUGCUUUCUCAGAGCCACCAUACUUUGACAUGAAUCAUUAUACUUUUUCCAUAGUUCAGUUUUAGUAUUUGCAUUUAUUUAUUUCAGGGCUGCUAUUUUCAUAAUGUAAAUGGACAAUGUCUUGGAGAUACUUAUUAACAAACAAAAAAAACCUUUCUUUUUGGUAUUUUAGAAUCUGUCAGGUAUUGAAUUGGGUAGCCUUUUGCAAAAUGUAGAUCUCAAUAAGUAGGCAAUAAUUUCCAUCAUAGAACAUUUCUCAUGAAAUAAUGCUAACACUAAAGCCGAGCUUACAUUAGGUGAAAUCCAGGUUUGAAUGUAUAUUUUGUAAAGUAUAAAGUAUUAAGAGCAAGGAGGGUUUGUACAGGAGAACACCUGUUGUUAAGAUGUGAUGGGAUGUUUCGAUAAAGAAAACUAUUAAUUUACUUUUUUUCUAGACUUUGUCAAAACUAAAAAUAAUUUGAGGGUUUGGUUGGGUAUAAAAAGCUGUGAAAAAAAUUGUUCGACCUACUUUAUAACCAAAGACGCAAAGCUGUGCAAGUCUUUUUUCUUUUCUUUUUUUCUUUUAUAUAUAUAUAUAAAUGCACACUUUUUUUUUCCUACACUCUCCUUCCCUCUAUUUGUUUUGCUGCCGUUCUGCAUGUUCUGCAUGAUCUAUAAUCAAACCACUUUCUUACCUCGUGUUUUAUCCAGCACUCUUAUUUUAUGUCAAGCUGUCAGUCUGUGAACGAUUGUGGAAGGAUUUAUGAAAGAGAAAGGGAACAAUGGGUGGAGUAAGUCAGUGAGGGAAAGAAAAAAUGAUGGCAAGGUGUUUGUCAGGGCCUUGUGCACAAAACAGUAGUCAGAAAAGGAGCCUUUUUUUUUUUUUUUUUCGUGUUAAUGCUGUUAUGCAGACGCAGAGAAAAGGUUUUGUUACAUUGCAGAUUUUAAUGUAUUAAAUGAAUGCAGCAUUUAGAUCUCGAUUGUAGUGUGCACUUUGCUUACAAAGAUUUAAAAAAUAGCAACAAUAUCCGCAAAAAAAUAGCAACAAUGGAAACUAUUGAGCAUUUCACACUUUAAAGCUGGAACGCAGUUGAUUGUGUGUGAGCAUAUUAUGGGAUGUCCUGUACGUGUCACGUCUUUUGUGCCUCCUGUGCCGUCGCCUGCUGUCGUCAGGCGAGUCGGUUUCUUUCUCUGUGGCUUAGAACCAAACCAAAAUGCUUGGUAAUUGUACAAUCAGUCAUCUUUCUAUGGGACGUGCUCUUUGAUUUCCUUUAGUUUUUUUUGCAAACAGGCUUAUUUCUUUUCUCUUUAUAUAUUUUUUCCUUUCAUUUGAAGGAGAUGCAGUGUACAUGCCAAGUGUACUGUAUGAAAGUGAUCACUGAGCCUUGGAGAAAAUAUCUUAACAAUGCCCUUGUAAUGUGCUGUUCAAACAAUUUUAGUUUUCAGUCAAAAAUAAAUUACUGUUUUAUUAAGA